GACAGAGAGAGACAGGCAAGAAGAAUUGUCUCUGUUCAAUCACACUCCAACCAAUAUCUUCUACUUCAGAGAUUCAAAAAAAGAAAAGAAAAGGGAUCCAAUAAAUCAAUAAAGAAAGCACCUUCACUUCUCUCCUUCUUCUUCUUCUUCUUUGCUGGUACUAAGAUUUGCCCUUUUCUCCUCCCCAUCCCUUGACCUAUUUUGCUCUGUGUGUGCUUGUUCUUGGUGUUUCCACAGGCUAAAAAAGUGAGAGGAAAGAAAAGGAGGAGAGAUUUAUGAGAUGAACGGUGAACAACAUAUGGCGAUGCAUUACAUAAAUACAGGUUAUCCUUAUUGCGUUGCAGAGAACUCUGCGUACUACUUUGAUGGUUCCCAGCCCCAUUUGCAAUAUCCAAAUCCUCACCAAAUUCCUAAUGAGGAAGCUACUUACUGGACCAUGAAUAUGAACUGGUACAAAUUUGGAUUUUCUGGGAUGGAAAGUUCCUAUUACAAUCCUUACGUGAGUGGUAACCAUUUGUCAACCAUGGAUUUCUCUGUGCAACAACAUUUGAAUUACCUUGUCAUGACGAACGCACAAGAACCUCCUGCAUCAGUAGACAUAGUGGAGUCUACUUCCGAGGAGAAUGCAGUUCCAAGUGCAGAUGCUAACCCCGAAGACAGAACUUCAUCACAGCAAGAUGUCACCAGUGAUCAGAUUGUGUUCGAAGACGAUAUUGAUCCAGACAACAUGACAUAUGAGGAACUGCUGGAUUUGGGGGAGGCAGUUGGAACACAAAGUCGAGGUCUUCCAAAAGAGCUAAUCGAUCUCCUUCCAACCUCUAAAUACAAGGCCAGCUGGAUUUUCUCGAAAAAAAGAUGUGGAGAAAGAUGUGUCAUCUGUCAAAUGAAGUACAAACGAGGAGACCGCCAAAUGAACUUGCCAUGCAAACACGUGUACCACUCUGAUUGCGUCUCCAAGUGGCUGGGCAUUAACAAAACAUGCCCGGUUUGCAAUGCCGAAGUUUCAAUUGAUGACCUAGCCCACCCUUGAACCAGAGAAAGACCCAAAGUUAGUCUUAGGAAUUUGGAGUGACCGUGUGCGUCAUAGUGAAAGACAUGCCAAAUGGAGGUAAUCUUUCGACGAAAUCUAACGGGGCAGACAGCCAAAGUAGAGGAUAAAAACAAGUGAUUUUUGCUGCAAAAGUUUCUUUUAGGGCUUAAUGCAAUAGUUUUUCUCUUUUAUUGAAGUUUGAAUUUAAAUCUUUUCUUUCUGCUCACUUGUUUCUAGAAGUAGUGAUCUCUCCAUGAAAAAAACACAUACAUUUAUUUAGGAGUAUUAUAUGUAGAAGUGUUUAUUAAGAGCUCUUUCUUUUUUCCU